CGGUGAGUUCGCCCGCCAAUCCGGAGCCCGCAGCGGCAUCCUUGCUGUGGGCAAGCUCGACAACAAGUUCUCACCUCACAAGUGACAGAACAACACAUUCACCCUCCGUUGGGCGCAUCUAAAGGGGAAACGGAUAUAGCAUGUGGAGCGUUCCGGUUUCCUCUCAGCUCUUCCAACCCUCCCGUCGCAUUGGCUCCCGAAUUCCCCCUCUCGACACUCCUUUAGAAACCGCUGAUGAACCCAUCUUGCUGGAGUUCCUCUGUCGGAUAGCUCCUCCUGACUGGAAAUGAGCAUCUCUAACAUUGACCCGGCGUUGCCAACGAAUGGCUUGCAGCAGGAUGUUCCGCUUGUAGAACAGCUCCGUGCUGCGAUUGAAAACAUCUUACCUGAUGGGCAAGCCGUUCCAUCAUCAUCUUCAUCUGCUCAGUCGGAGUCCACGUCCCCUUCUGCACCCUCCGUGGCAUCAACAGUUGCAUCGUCCCCACCUUCACCCGAUCUGAUCCUUGAAAAGAAAAUAUUAUUAAGUGAAUUGAGCCAUUUUAUUCCCGUGGGGAUUCUGCAAAGAUGCGAUGGCCUGGCCAGUAGCCAGGAUCCAAAUGCUCUAGUCCGGAAAUCGACAUCUUCCUACCCAAAAGCCGAGCUCUCGCGGCUAGAACAAAACAAUUGGAUUCGAACGUCUAUCUGCCAAAACGACAAGUUUCCUGGGUGGAGCGCUGUCCGCAUCUACGCUCUUCCUGAUGACGUUGGGAGGAAACAUGUCCAGCGAUCAAACGGCACGUUAAGGGGGUUUCUUAAACUAGUGAUGUCAAAAUUGGACACAUCGACAGAGGCAUGGGAAGGCAACUUCGACCCCUAUGCACAGCCAGAUGUGGGAGCGGUGGAGGAUGAGUCCUUAUUCUACAUUUUUAAUACCCUUGACUCGCCCAGUCCUGAUAUUGAAAAGGUUUCUGAUCCCCACGCCAGGGCUGCGAUGGACGAGGUUCUUUGGAAAGUGCACGACUACGUCGGAGGACCUGAUGAAAAUAUAGGCGUUAUUGGUCUGAAAACUCCUCUGUAUGCCUACCAACGCCGUUCUGCAGCUUAUAUGAUUCAGAGAGAGUCGGAGCCUGCACAGACAUUGGAUCCUCGUCUACAAACCCUCCAUGGACCGACGGGAAAACUGUAUUAUUACGAUAAGGAAGAAGGUUAUAUUUUUCGUGAGAAACGACUGUACUCUGAGGCUUGUGGCGGCAUCUUGGCGGAAACUAUGGGCUACGGCAAAACCCUGAUAUGUUUGGCCGUUAUACUUGCAACUAGGGGUCAUUUCCCUCGUAUUCCACCCUCCCAUACGGAAGGUCUUCGUCGUGUCCGUAACAAGACAGGGUCAUUACUUGAAAUGGCUGCAGCAACUGCAGGCCGUUUCUCUCUCCCGUGGAAGUCGUAUUUUGAGAGAUUAAACGCUUCGGGGAUGUAUUUUGACAAUUGCAUAUCGGCGUGUGAAUCAAAUCGUGGAAGCUAUGAGAUAUCUAGGCCACCUCAGAGGUAUAGAAGCCGGGAAACGACACCCAAAGUGGCAGCUACUAAAUUGCAGCUAUGUUCCGGCACCCUUAUCAUCGUGCCGUCAAAUUUGGUUGACCACUGGUUAAGUGAAAUUGACAAGCAUACUCAGGGUCUGAAGGUACUUGUUCUCCGUGACAGUCGUUGUGCAACUCCCCAACCAGAGCAAUUGCUCGAAUAUGAUAUUCUAUUAUUUUCAAAGCCACGUUUCGAGUGGGAAGCUGGUGGGCGGCGUUCCUCGGGUUUGUCGAUGGAACCGACGGAAGAAUCUCCACUAAAAAAGCUACACUGGCUUCGCGUCAUAGUCGAUGAAGGCCAUAAUUUCGCCGCUAAAGGUGGGCGAAGUACGGCUGCUCAUACUCUUGGUCAACUUCACAUUGAGCGACGUUGGGUUGUCUCAGGUACCCCUUCGCGUGGACUAUAUGGCAUUGAAGUGGCGCUAGCCUCUCAGGAGACUGCCGAGGGAGGACCCGACAAGCAAGAAAGAGAUGCAUUCUCCAUUUUACAAGCUCGAAAAAAGUCUGCCAAUUUUUUGGAGGAAGAGCUAAAAAACAUUGAUAGACUCCGAUCCAUCGUUGUUGACUUCCUUGGCCUGAAGCCUUGGUCAAACUCAAGGGCAGACGACCCAGCCAGCUGGACCAAAUAUAUCAAACCCGUUGGCCUGGAUGGGAAUCGCAGAGCUUCGCCGUCUCUCCGAUCUACACUCCAAUCCCUGGUGGUACGGCAUCGAGCGGAGGAUGUAAAUAGAGAUCUAACCUUGCCUAAGCUGCACAACAAGGUGGCCUACUUGGAACCUUCAUUCUACGACAAAUUGUCUCUCAACCUUUACAUAUUCACUCUUACAGUCAAUGCUAUCACUUCUGAGCGGACGGGUGAAGAUUACAUGUUCCAUCCGAAGAAUCGCAAGCAUUUAAGUGUCCUCAUUAACAAUCUGCGACAUGCUGGUUUCUGGGCUGGGUUUGAAAAAAUGGAGGUACAGAAGUCAAUAGAUGUAGCUCAGGAAUAUCUCGAAAAAAAUUGCGACAAGAUUGACCCUGUUGACAAAAGGAGGCUGUGCGAGGCCAUUACCGUCGCCCAAAGGGCAGUAAACUGCAGUUCUUGGAACGCUCUUAGUAAAUUUACCGAGCUGGGUGUUUUCCUGGACAACUUUCCAGAUCACGCACGAGGUGCAUGGGCAAUCGAUGCCUGCGACGAAAAUUCUCAACCCUUGCUCCUUGGGAUCUCCCAAGCCAGACAAGCACAAAAAUUUGUCACUUCAAAUCUUUGUUCUUUUGACCCAGCCGAAGGUAUCGUUGGUGCCGGAAUCCGGACGCGAAGUCAAAUGCGUGGGCGAGGGAGCUCACAGGAUAAAAAGCCCAAUGAUAACCUCGUUCACCAGCCAAAACCUGAAGGAAUCGAAAGUUCGCCGUCGAAGAAAUCAUACUCUCUCGGGCGCUUCAGGACCCUUCCAUCUGAAUCAUCUUUAAAUCAAACUAAGCUUGUUGCCACUGCUUCAGCAAAACUCACAUAUUUACUAGAUAAGGUGAUUGAAUUUCAGGAGAAAGAGAAAAUCAUUAUUUUCUACGAGGGAAAUAACACGGGCUUCUACAUUGCAGAAGGGCUUGAGCUUCUUGGUGUUGAAUUCCGAAUUUAUGCAAAUACUUUGAAAACGAAGACUCGGUCGGAAUAUCUCUCGCUGUUUAACGAAACGGAAACUGUUCGGGUCUUACUUAUGGACCUUCGUCAAGCCGCUCAUGGUCUUCAUAUCGCGUGUGCCUCGCGAGUUUUUAUCGUGAAUCCGAUUUGGGAUCCCAACUUUGAAAGCCAAGCAAUCAAACGAGCUCACCGUAUCUCGCAGAACAAACCUGUUUACGUAGAAACCCUUGUUCUUAAAGAUACACUGGAAGACAGGAUGCUGAGGCGAAGGAAACAAAUGUCGAAUGCAGAAUUGCGACACGCGGAGAAGGAUCCGUUAGACGACCGCACGAUGAGCGACAUCAUCCAGACCGAAGAGGUAAUCCCUAUCCCCGAAAGCGAUGCCUCUGAGAGACCAGCAUACUUAAAAAUGCCUGUCGGCUUUUUCGAUCGCCACAGAUUACCAAUUCCUGACAAUCACCUGGAUGAAGAUGUCCGUUCUGUGCCGCCGCUAUCUCUGCCAUCAGCACCACCAGUGUCUCUUGACCUAGUGGCGACCCCUAAUAAGAAACGAAAACUCCUCGGAGAGUUCCCUUGGAUAGAAUCAGAUAUCGAAACAUCAUCGGAGUCUAGUCCAAACAGACGGAAACGUAAACCGAGACAAUCGAACGGAAAUUUGGAGACUAUCAAUGGCAUCGUGAUGGAAGCUCGCCGAACGAGAACACCACCCUCUCGGCGUGUUGCGGCCUCCCAAGCUGGAUUUUAG